AUGAAUACGAGAAAGAGGUCGUGUUUCUCUUUCUUCUGUGAAAGCUUCAAAGAGGAUUUGCUCAAGACCUGGAUGUUUUUGAUCCAAAAUACAAUAAAAUACUGUUGACUUCAAAACCCUAACCUUAAAUAAAUGGAAGGGGAAUCCCCCGACCAAGGAUCAAGAGGGUCUGGGACUAAAGGGGUUAGCCUAUCGUCACUUGGUAGGCAUUGUAAUCGUAAAGAGUUUCUUCGGAAGUUCGUCGAUAGUGGAAUCUUGACAGCAAGUCUUGAGGACUGGUUUUCUGAAUUAUCACAAACUUCAUUGCCUAAAAAGCCUGUAUUUGAUGUUCUUUUUGAGUUAAAAGACCUUCAAAAGUUUGACUAUGCGUUAGAAGGGGUUCAAUUUCAGCAGCUGAUUCGGAUGCCGAAUACUGUUUACGCUUCAACUUCAGAUGCUAUGGCAGCAACUACAUAUCUUGCAAUUGAAGACUUCCUACAUGCAGGUGUAAAGGGCUUGUGGGAGACAUUUUGGAAUCAGGAUGGAUCUUUGCCUUUUUCUGUCGCUUGUCUACACCAUGAAAGUUUCAAAUUUUAUCAUGCUGAGAAGGCAAUUGCAAGUGGAAAACUUGGAGGAAUAUGUGCCAUGACCAUAAUAUUGAAGGAUACUUGGCAUCCACAUGGGAAACGCGACCAAAUUCUUGAGCUAGCACUUGUAAGACCCGAUAUUCGAAGUCCCGCUGUCGAAAAUGGCCAACUAUCUCUUUCUGUGUUAGGGGAUGCAGUCUUCUUCGCGCUGCGUAUAUUAUUGACAAGAACCCUAAGCAGAUCAAAUGCUCAUCAUGGUUCUAAAUCUGUAUUUGUACUUUUUGUUGAUUCUCAGUACGGUGGGGUUGUAAAAGUUGAAGGUGAUGUGAAUAAAUUGAACCUUGAUCCAAACAAUGUCUAUGAAUGUGCAUCUGAAUGGGUCAGAGAGCAUUCACAUAUCUCAGUGUCUUCAAUAGAUAGGAUCUGGAACAAGCUUGGAAAUGCAAACUGGGGAGAUAUUGGCGCUCGUCAGGCACUUCUAGCAACGUUUCAUUGUAUUUUUCAGUUUGCAGGAUUGCCAAAACAGUCUAUUGAUGAUUUGGCGGCAGCCCGCAGUUCUCAUCUUCAGUUCCGAAGGGCUGAAAGACACGUGGGUAAUGGUAGAGUAAAUGGAAAUGGUGUAUUUCGGUUCCAGCAGUCCAGUGUUUGCCCUGAAAUUGUUGAACUUCAUGAUGAAUCCAAACAGGUAAUAAAUUUGGAGGCAGGAUCUAUUUUAUGGCUAGAAGACUCGAAUUGGCAGAAGGGUUUUCAGAUAAAUGAAGUUUUCAGUGAUGGUGAACUUCCAUUUUAUAGUGCAACUCCAGUGGAAGAACCAGGAAAGGCUCUAUUUCUGUAUGUAGGUUCACAUCCUUCUCAGCUGGAACCAGCAUUGGAAGAUAUGACGUUAUGGUAUCAAGUUCAGAGGCAGACUAAGAUACUGACUCUUAUGAAACAAAAUGGUCUUGCUAGCAAGUAUCUUCCUCAGCUGGUUGCAUCUGGUGUAAUAAUUCACCCUGGUCAGUGUCGAAGACCUAGCUCUGGUGCGAAUUGUGACCACCCCUGGUGUGGGACCCCAGUCCUUGUAACCAAUCCAGUCGGUGAAUUAGUUUCAGAGUUGGUAAGUGAUCAGCGAUUUGGACCAGAUGAGGCUCUCAGGUGCUGUCAUGACUGCUUAUCUGCCCUGUCAACUGCUUCCUCAGCAGGAAUUCGGCAUGGAGAUAUCCGUCCAGAGAAUGUAAUACGUGUAAGCUCUGGUGUGAGACAUCCAUAUUAUGUUCUUAUUGGUUGGGGACAUGCAAUUAUUGAAGAAAGGGAUCGACCAACCAUGAAUCUUCAUUUUUCUUCAACGUAUGCUCUACAGGAAGGGAAGUUGUGCUCUGCUUCAGAUGCAGAGAGCUUAAUCUACUUGCUUUAUUUCUCAUGUAGUGGUGGUGGGCUGUUGCCCAAGCUAGAUUCUGUUGAGGGUGCACUGCAAUGGAGAGAGAAAGCAUGGUCAAGAAGAUUGAUUCAGCAGAAAGUUGGGGAAAUUUCAGCUAUUCUUAAAGCCUUUGCGGAUUACGUAGACAGUCUCUGUGGAACACCAUAUACUAUGGACUAUGAAAUAUGGCUUAGAAGAAUGAGGACAACUUUCCACGAGGAUCACCAUGUGAAGGAAGUCGUCGCGUCAGGUUAGGGCAUAAACUUUUUUUUCGCCCCAGAGCACCAAACCAGUGUUACAGGUCUAAAACACUAGGAAAUUUGAAUUUCCAUCUCUGAAGGAAAAGAUAAUCCCACGAGGUUGAUGCAGCUUGAUGAGAAUUUUCUAGGACUGGUAUGAUUGAAAGGAAACCCUAAGGUGAAUAUGACCUUGUGUGAAUUAGAAUUGUGCAACUGAAGGAUGUUAAUGGUGCCCCAGUAAACCUUUAACUUCUGUGCAGUACUUCUGCAACUUGUGGUAUUUCUCAUAGAUCUGAAGAAGUACUUCUGUGCAGUAUUUCAUUUCAAUAUCUUGUGAAUCACCAUACCAUUUUCCUCUCGGAAUUCAAAAAUUUCAGAAAUCCCUCUAGUUUUUUGUGCUAAAGGUUGUGAUGAUUUUGGUGAGUGUGAAAUUAGUAAAUUGUAUUUAGCAUAUACUGUAUAAGUUGUAGUUUCAUUUGUAAUUAUCUAUAUAUAGCAUAUAGUUAAAGUUUUCAUAUUAUCCAUUAUUUCCAAAA